AUGGCUCCUACUCAGCGCGUCGUCAUCAUCGGCGCCGGGAUCGUGGGCACCAAUAUCGCCGACGAGCUCGUCUUGAGAGGAUGGACUGAUAUCACCGUUGUUGAACAGGGUCCCUUACACAUGCCCGGUGGCUCGACUUCUCAUGCUCCGGGUCUAGUCUUCCAAACCACACCGUCCAAGACCAUGACCAAUCUAGCACGCUAUACUGUUGAAAAGUUAUUGUCGAUUGAGAAGGAUGGCCAGAGUUGCUUCAACCAGGUCGGUGGUCUGGAAGUGGCUACUACACCGGCUCGGCUAGAGGAUCUCAAGCGCAAGCACGGAUAUGCCUCUUCAUGGGGCAUUGAAGCACGCCUCAUCAACGCAGAGGAAUGUCUCCAAUUGUACCCUCACCUCGAUCAGAACGUCGUCUUGGGCGGUCUCCAUAUCCCCAGUGACGGCCUUGCCCUUGCGGCCCGCGCAACGCAACUCCUCAUCGAACGCACUAGAAAGGCUGGCGUUCGCUACAUUGGCGAGACUCCUGUUAUCGGUAUCGAGCGAGCAGGCCGUCGCGUGACGGGUGUGACAACUCCUAAAGGCACCAUUGCUGCUGAUAUUAUCAUCUCCUGCGCUGGUUUCUGGGGUGUGGAGAUAGGUGCGAUGGUUGGGGUGUCCAUCCCUCUACUCCCGCUGGCACACCAGUAUGCGAAGACUACCGCGGUGCCGGCACUGGCUGGUCGUGAUAUCAACAAGCGGAUGAACGGAAUGAAUGCCACACUGCCCAUCUUGCGACACCAGGAUCAGGAUCUAUACUACAGGGAGCAUGGUGAUCAGUAUGGUAUUGGAUACUAUGGCCAUCGUCCAAUGCCCGUCAUCGCAGGGUCAUUGGGCCUGACUCCACAGCAUGUCGAUGAUAAGAACAUGCCAUCUCGGCUCGAAUUUACCAAGGAGGACUUUGUUCCUGCUUGGAAGGAGUCACAGAAGCUUUUGCCUGCUCUGCGGGGCACCCAGAUCGAUGAUGGCUUCAAUGGUAUUUUUUCAUUCACACCCGAUGGUGGGCCCAUCAUUGGCCAGGCACCAAACGUGGACGGCUUCUGGGUUGCUGAAGCUGUGUGGGUGACUCACUCGGCUGGUGUUGCACGCGCUGUCGCUGAGGUCCUGACGACGGGUCGAUCUCAAAUCGAUAUCACCGAUUGUGAGUUGUCCCGGUUUGAAGAAGUGCAGCUCAGUCGCGCCUAUAUCAAUGAAACUUCGGCGCAGAAUUUUGUUGAAAUCUAUGAUAUCCUCCACCCAUCACAACCUAAAGAAUCACCCCGCAACCUUCGUAUCAGCCCCUUCUACUCAAGACAGAAGGAAUUGGGUGCUUUCUUUCUCGAGCUUGGAGGCUGGGAACGCCCAUUCUGGUACGAAUCGAACUCCUACCUGCUCAAAUGUCUUCCUGCAGAGUGGCAGCCUGUGGAAAGAGAUGCCUGGUCAUCGCAGUUCUACUCUCCCAUCGUGGCAGCAGAAGCGUGGAAGACCCGCAACGCUGUGGCGAUGUACGAUAUGACUUCCUUCCACCGAUUUGAAGUGUCAGGUCCCGGCGCAGUGCAUCUUCUACAACGCCUGACAACCGCCGACGUCGCUAUCAAGACAGGCGCCAUAACCCACGCUCUUCUUCUCAACGACCACGGUGGUAUUCGAAGUGAUAUAUUUAUUGCAAGGCUUGACGAAAACCUAUUCCAAGUGGGCGCUAACACCGCCACGGAUCUUGCUUACCUCUCCCGCGAAGCUCGUCGCCAGGGACAAGGGGUCCAAGUGCGCGAUAUCACCGGCAGCACGUGUUGCAUCGGCCUUUGGGGUCCUCGAUCCCGAGACGUGAUCAACAUCAUAAGUACAGACAAUUUCUCCAAUAAGGCAUUUCCUUAUUUCACUGUCCAGAAUGUCACCAUCAACGGCAUUCCAGUGACAGCGCUACGCAAGUCCUACGUCGGUGAGUUAGGUUGGGAAAUUCAAACCAGCGCUGAGUACGGCCAGCGACUGUGGGAUACCAUUUGGAAUGCAGGCAAGACACACGGUCUCAUCGCCGCCGGGCGGGGUGCCUUCAACGCUUUGCGCCUGGAAAAGGGCUAUCGCACCUACGGCGCCGACAUGAAUACCGAGCACAAUCCCUACGAAGCAGGUGUUAUUAGUGCUAUCCGAGCGAGCAAAUGGGAAGACUAUGUUGGCAGGGUUGCCCUUGAACGUCUCGCCAAGGAGAAGCCUACUCGCCGACUGCGCUGUCUCACUGUUGAUGACGGUCGUUCAAUGGUUCUGGGCAAGGAACCUGUGUUCUUCAAUGGCAAGGCCGUUGGAUACGUCACCACUGCUGCUUUUGGGUAUACAGUUCGCAAGCCUAUUGCUUAUGCUUGGCUACCAAGCAAUGUCUCAGAGGGACAAGGUGUCGAGAUCGAAUACUUCGGUCGUCGGAUCAGCGCUACGGUCGCAACUGAGCCAUUGUAUGAUCCGGAUUCGAGACGUCUGCUUGAUGAGAAGCCGGCUAUUGAUCUAGAUUUGCAGAAGCCGCUGAGACACCGGCUAUAG